AUGGCGAACCCGCAAGACCACGUCGUCAUCGUUAUCGACGGCGACGAUGAUCCCAUCCCUCCUCCACGAGCUCCGAUCCCUCAAGCUCCCCCUCCCCAACAACCCCCCCGAGCUCCCCCCAUCCAAGGUAUCUCAAUCAUUGAAGCCAUCGACCAGACUAUACAUAGUGCUGGGCGCCUCCCGAGGUCCAUCCUCUUCACGGAAGAAUCUCUCACCCGUGCUGAACUCACAAUUUUCAUCGACCUCGCACAGAUGAUGCACGACGUCGAGAAAGGCCCCAAUGUCCCUUACCAACUCAAACAUUGGAAACACUUCUGGGAAGAGAAUGCAUUUAAGGACUGGGAUACCACGUCGGAGAAUACUGAGGAUCUGCCGCUUCGGCCCGUUACUCUGCAGGAGAAUCGAGUCAGGGUUGGCAAGCUAAAGGUCAACCACCCACCGAGUGUCGAUUUUCCUAACCCACCUGGCCCGGCGCGACUUGCUGGCUGCCCCGUCUAUAUGAGCGUAUCUCCUGCUACCCAAGACCAGCUCAUCCAACCCAUCUGGAAAGACGGGAAGUUCAUCAACCCUCGUUACGUGGAAAUGGAAAGGCCAGUAGGAGAGUGCAUCGAUCUUGCUGUCCUCAAGUUUGACCGAACCGCCACUUCUCGAAUCUGCGAUUUCAACAUCGCGCGCAUCACCAAUGCUACCCGCCGCCGGUUGAUGCAUUUUGCUGCAGUGGGUACGGGAGUGGCACCUCAUGUCCCAAAGAAUUGUCGAGUACCAACCCUUUCUGAUACCUGA